AUGCAAUCCUGCAUGAAAGAAACUUCAAGUGAAUCUGAAACAAAAACUCGGGAAAAACAAGACCGUCAAUCUCCGAUCCCUAACAAACAGACUAUCAGUAACACGAUCGAACAAGCCGAAUUUCUGUUAGAAAGUGAAUGUGAUUGCGCACCGUCGAGUGAGCUGUUUCAGGCAAACAACUCCGUCCGUGGGAGAGCCAUGAAGCCGGGUACGAGAUUCGAGCCGCUUGUUUUUAACACGGAACUUCAAAGUGUUGAUCAGUUGAUCCUGACCGAGACAAUCACGCAACAAUUGAAUGAAGAUCUGUACAGCCUUAGUCCGAUCCCGUUUGAACCGGGAAAUGAAGGAUCAGACGAAGAAGAAACAGGCACGUUCCGAUAUCCGUUUAAUAUUUAG